UGGAUUGGGAAGGGAGAGUGAAUGGAGGAGAUUGUAAUCUGACAUCUUCUUCUUCGUCGGGUUGUACUAGUAUGGGUGCUGGAGGAUUCAGUUAUAUACAACACACCGUUUCUAAAUUUGAUACCCUUGCUGGUGUAGCUAUCAGAUAUGGUGUUGAGGUGGCUGAUAUUAAAAGGAUAAAUGGCCUCGUAUCAGAUCUCCAAAUGUUUGCUCUCAAAACACUUCAAAUACCGUUACCUGGGAGGCAUCCCCCAUCGCCCAUCAUAUCAAAUGGUCAAGGACCUAGCAGCUCUGAGCAGACUUCUUCAAGUCGUCGACACUCUGAUAUAUUCGAUUCAUUUCAGUCCCUGAAACUGAAAUCCUCUCCCCAGCCAAAAGUUUCGCCAGCCAUGAGCAGCUUACAAGGAUAUUAUGGUCUUAAACCUCCAGAUCAGAAAGCUGCUUCUGAAGGAUUUGAAAUGGCAGUGUAUCGUAAGGGAGGAUCACAUUAUUUAGAAGAUGGCCCAUUUUACAAAUCCUCUUCUCUUUCAAAUCCACCACUUAGUCUUCAGAGAAAAUCUAAAAGUGUAGCUAAUGGUUUUAUGUCAGAGAAUGGGGUUCCUGCAAAUCAUCUAUCAACACAAGACACCAGAGACAAUGGUUCGGAUAGAUGGUUUAAGAAAUUAGUGAGAAGGCGUCAAAAGUCAGAGACUGAUUUCACGCGUACUCCAGAAAUGCUGUUGAAGGAAGAUAACAGCAACAGUGGCUGGUUUUCAGCCGUCACUGGCAAGGGCUUAGCUUUGAGACCCAAGUCAGCUAAUCGAACUCUCUCUGGAGCGGAUGCUGAAGCAAAUUCAAUAAAUCCUAUUCCUAUUGGCUUAGGGGAUUCUUUACUAAACGACAGCACAUCCGUAGUUAGGAAGUCAUCAAGUACAUCGAAUUUGCAGGAUUCAGAUAGCGGUACAUUGUCUUCCCUGUGGAAUUUGAAGCCAGAUUUUCAAGCAAUUUCUACUGCAGCCAUUACUAAGCCAAUCUUUGAUGGGCUACCUAAACCAAUCACAGGUCGAAGAAACAAGGCCGCACUCGAUUAGGUUAUUCUUUCUGCAUUAGCUGCUUAGAAGUUCAUUUCUUCGAUACUUUAGACAGCAUCCUCUGGUGAAGUGAUAAAUGGAGAAUUGAAGAUAGAAGCAGACACUUUGGUUAUCUCAUGGUAAAAAUAAACUUGUUUUGGUUUAUGAAUAUCGGUUGGGGCAUGUUCAUAUCUUCCAUUGGUGAAGUUGAAGUGUCCUCAGAAUUAGUUUGAGAUUUAUAGCAGCACCAAACUUGGGUGAAGCAUCGAUUUUUGCUAUAGAAUGGUAAUGCAUUAUGACAGCAGAUGUAUAUUAGGCAUUUAAGUUGAUUGAUCUGAAAUUGGGAGAGAGGAUAUUGUUUAUACGUGUAUUAUAUGAUCUGUACAUGAUCACUUUUCUACACAUGAUUUGUGUUUUUAUUUCA